AAUACUGUGUUUUUGGCCUAUACCUGAUCGUCAAUCUUCUGUCGAAACAGAAAUCAUUAAUGAAACUCUUUCGAGUGAUAAAAGUAGCAACAUUAGUUUGGUACUCAACACUUUGUUAGAAAACUAUGACUACAACCAGAGACCCGAUCAAGGAGGUCAGCCUACAUUGAUUACAACGAAUAUGCUUAUAAGGAGUAUCGGUCCAAUAUCUGAGUUCGCUAUGGAAUACUCGAUGGACUGCUAUUUUCGACAGAAGUGGAGAGAUGAACGUUUGCAGUUUGAAGCACCCAUAACGAGCCUUAGUUUGAACAUCAAAAUGUUAGAACGAAUAUGGAAACCUGACACGUAUUUCCACAACGGAAAGGGGUCCUACUUACACACCAUCACCAGGCCAAAUAAGUUGCUGAGGAUCUUUCAGGAUGGGCAAGUUCUCUACUCCAUGAGAUUGACAAUCAAAGCCAAAUGUGUUAUGGAACUCCAGCGGUUCCCAAUGGAUCACCAAUCGUGUCCACUGAUCUUCGGCAGCUAUAGUUACACAUCGAAUGAAAUCAUUUAUCGUUGGGAUAAAGAUGACGCUGUUAGCCUGAUAGAAGGCCUUGUACUAUCUCAGUUUGACCUCAAAGACUACCCAUAUCGUAAUACCACGGUGGCCUUUAAACCUGGUGUCUAUUCAGUGCUACAAGUGAACUUUAACCUGAGCCGACAUAUGGGAUAUUUCCUCAUUCAAGUUUAUGUUCCGUGUAUACUUAUUGUUGUGUUAUCCUGGGUAUCGUUUUGGAUCAACCGAGAGGCCACUGCUGAUCGUGUAGGCUUAGGGAUAACUACAGUUCUGACCUUAUCAACUUUCGGAGUGGACACUAAGACUGAUCUGCCUCGUGUAUCUUACCCCACAGCUCUCGACUGGUUCGUCAUCAUGUGUUUCAGCUUUGUAGUUUCCACUCUUCUUCAGUUUGCCGGGGUUCAUUAUUUUACAAAAAUUGGUAGUGGAGAGUUCUGUGGAUCUCUGGAAGAUCCAGGUUAUCACGUCACUGUAACAAAUGAUGAGGAACUGGAAAAUAAAUGUCGACACAGGAAAUCUAGCAUUGUCGUCAACCCGGUGCCCUGGAAAAUUGUGUCUAAACGAAAGAGACUGUGUUGCUACCAGUUCUCAAAGUGUGUUGUUGGCAGCGAGCAGUAUCGAGAAGAAAUGAGAAGUAACGUUAAGGGAAAAGACGCUGCCAACAGUGUUAGUAAAAUAGAUGAAUUAUCUAGAAUUCUGUUUCCCGUUAGUUUUGCCAUGUUAAAUUUGUUUUAUUGGUGUUCCUACGGAGUUCAUGAAAACGUCGAGUCUUGGAAGAAUGAUUAAAUUAUCCAAAAUAAAAAAGAAUUGACAUAGCAACAAACAGACUGACUCACGAACAGAUUACUCUACCUUAAGUUUUCAUAUAAAUAUUAAAA